UACGUUUUAAUCGCAAAUUCUCACGGUUACGGUGCCAGGAUGAUGUUCCCUUGCUUCGAUGAUCCGACGGUGAAGAUCAUCACGAGGCCCGGCUUGAAUCGAGGACACGUUGUCCUUGCUCGACAGACGUUGACCGCCCUUGUCGACAAAGCUCGACCCCUUAUGCCUAUUAAUAACCUGUCGAGAAGCUUAGUUAUCCUUGCUGUACCGUCGUUGUUUGGCAAGUGUAUUGUAUUCAAACAAUUGGCCAUCUGUGACGAGAAAGUUCUUGUGUACAAUUCAGCAACCGGCUGGGAACAGCACAGAGACAACGUUGUUCAAGCUGUGUCCGAAGCCGUCAUUGAAAUGUGCUUCCUAAGCAAAUUCAUAAUAACGGAACCAUCGCUGAGAGACAGCCUAAGCCGCUUUUUGGGAAAUCUCAUCGUCAAAAGUCAUAGAAUGGAAGGAAAUAAACAAAACUUGGAACAGCUAAUGUUCUUGCAAAGCAUUCUACCGACUUUCAUGAAUGAUCGCACACAAAUGGACGAUUUUCCGAUUGUCGCAUCAAGUCCGGUCAACAAACAGAUUCUCCUGGCACAUAGAGAAGUCAUCACGAAGAAGGCUGUGGCAGUGUGGCGAAUGUUUUAUCAUACUUUGGGCGCAGCGUUGUUCAAAGCAUUCCUUCAGGACCUUGCACGCCAAUACUCGAACAAAGUUCUCACCUUCCAAGGCACAAUCUCUGGAAUAGCACAGGUCUGUUAA